GCCCUUCUGGACGGGCCUUGGCCCCGACGCCCCCAGCCGGCGGCGCCUUGGUGGACGACGUGAGGAAAUGCGGCUACCUGAGGAAGCAGAAGCACGGCCACAAGCGGUACUUUGUGCUGCGGGCAGAGGGUCACCUGGCCCCGGCCAGGCUGGAGUACUACGACAGCGAGAAGAAGUUCAAGAGCAGCCUGAGGGCAGCCGCAGGUGGGAACGCGGCCCUCUGCUGCCCGCCUCCCAAGCGGGUGAUCCCUCUCUACCAGUGCUUCACGGUGAGCCGAAGGGCGGAUGCCAAGCACAAGCACAUCAUCGCCCUGUAUACGAAGGAUGAGUAUUUUGCCAUGGUGGCCGAGAACGAGGUGGAGCAGGAGAGCUGGUACCAGGCGAUCAGUGAGCUCAUGAAUCAGAGCAAGAGAGGGUUUCUGGAGCAAGAAGACCAGGCGGAUCAGCAGUUGGAUGAGGAUGACGAACAUUAUGGGGCGACCCUCAAGCCGGGAACUGUGUUCAAAGAAGUUUGGCAAGUCAAUGUGAAGCCUAAAGGGCUUGGGCAGACAAAGAAUUUGACAGGAGUGUACAGGCUGUGCCUCUCUAGCAAGGCCAUUCACCUGGUCAAACUGAAUACCGAGGUACCCUCUGUCCAUUUACAGCUCAUGAACAUUCGCCGGUGCGGCCACUCGGAAAACUUCUUUUUCAUCGAGGUGGGUCGGUCUGCCUCCAUUGGGCCAGGGGAGCUGUGGAUGCAAGUGGAUGACUCGGUGGUUGCCCAGAACAUGCAUGAAACCUUUCUAGAAACCAUGAAAGCUCUGAAGGCCUUCUCUGAGUUCAGACCUCGCAGCAAGAGUCAGUCUUCUGGUGGGGGCAGUAGCACCAACCCCAUUUCCUUCAUCACUACCAGGAGGCACCUUGGCAACCUGCCACCCAGCCAGACCGGCUUACAAAGAAGAUCCAGAACUGAAAGUGUUACCGGGGGAACUCCUCCCACCACCAAGAGUAGUAGUUCUUACCGGUUCAGAACUUCCAGUGAAGGAGAAGGGACAAUGACCAGACCGUUCAGGUCAGUUACUGGAAGCCUGAUUCAUCUGAAUACGGCAAGGAUGAAUUUGGGGCGCCAAGAAGGGAGUGGACGGUAUGUUAGGGCAGCAUUUAGCUCUUCUUAUCACACCAGAUCUGCUUCCCUGCCAGUAUCUCAUUUCCCUUCUGCCACUAGCCCUGUCAGCGUUUCUUCGAGCAGUGGCCAUGGAUCAGCUUCAGAUACUCUUGUACGGCCUUCCAGUUCCUCUGUUUGUGGGUCGCCAAGUGAUGGAGGUUUUAUUUCUUCAGAUGAGUACGGUUCCAGCCCUGGAGAUUUCAGGUACUUUCGAGUUAGGAGUAAUACCCCAGAUUCCUUGGGCAACACACCGCCGAUUCGAGAAGAAAAUUGUUUAAGUGAGUACAUGUCUAUGAGCAAGCAACAAAUGGAUAAUAAUAGCUCUAGAGAUGAUUACCGGGAGAGUGAGAAAUGCUUCAGAAAAAGAACUUACUCUUUAACCAAGCCUGCUUCAAUACCAGUGCAGCAAAAAACAACCCAAACUGCAACUUCUUUAGAUGAAGAUUCUACAGGAAGCCAUGGACAUCUGCCUUAUUCUGAAUCGCCAAAACUGAAAAAUAAUCCUGAACCCGAGUUUGGGGAAUCGGCCCUUGAUGCUGUCUGUAAUCAAAGCAGUAGUAAAACCAGAGACGAUGGAUACAUGCCAAUGAUGCCAGGAGUUGCAUCCUCUCUUGCGAGUAACAGUGAUUAUUUGCCAAUGACUCCUAAAAAUGUGUCUGUUCCAAAACAAAUAAGCAAUUGUUGGCCAUCAACUCAGGCUGAUUCCAAGGGAUAUAUGAUGAUGUUUCCCAGGGCAAUCUCUUCACCUGUACGUAGUCCUUUAACUGCAUUUAAUUCUAAAACUACAAACGAAAAGUUAGCCCACAGUGAGUAUAUGGAUAUGUCACCUGGAAGCUCAGCCAUUCCAAAGCCACCUGCGGAUUCAAAUUAUAUGCACACCAAUGCCAGCUCCAAAAUGUUUGGCUCAUAUUUCUCUCUCCCACGAAGCUUUAAGACUCUCUCUGGUGAAAAUGGCGAAGAUGAUGAAUAUGUUCCAAUGUCCUCACCUGGAAGAUUGCUGUAUGAUGGGUCUGAAAAUGGGAAAAGUGUCAGUAAUGAAGUUCUGGCUAAUGGCCUUUCCAAAUCAUCUCUCCUAAAAACUACAGAGGAAGGCCGUGCACAGAACAGAACUAUGAGGCCUACAAGACUUCCCCUCGUUACCAGGGGUAGUAACACCAUACCGAGAAUGUAUGAUCGUACAAUUCCCCUUGAGCCAUCUAGCCCUGGUGAAUAUAUAAAUAUUGACUUUGGUGAAAAGGCUAGUCAUACACCAUAUUCUUUAUCUGCAGAGGGGUCUCCAUCAUCUCUGGGUUCCAGUAGUGACCACAGGCAGUCACCGCUUUCUGACUACUUGAGCGUUGACUUGGAUGUUCAGUCACCAAAAGCUGCUAAAGAGCUCUCUAGUUCUUUGACAGAUAUAUCAAUUUAUGCAAGUUCCAGCAUCCCUAGAAACCCUCCUGAUGCUGAUUAUGCCAGGCUGUCCUUUGGUACGGCGUGUGUCAGCACAGCCAAUGGUAGGAUUGAUGACUACACCGAGAUGACCUUCAACAUGGCAGCAACACCUCCUGGACCAUUUGCCACAGAAAGUGAAAAUGGCCUAAAAAUUGAUAGUCCUCCUUCCAUAGUUAAUAGGCUGCGCAUUGUUGACCAAUAUGCAGGUAGUAGUGACUUCUCUGUUCCUAGUCCUGAUCCUCUAGUAGUACCCAAAGUUAUUCGCGCCGAUCCGCAAGGAAGGAGGCGGCAUAGCUCCGAAACCUUUUCUUCUGCUGCCACUGUUACUACUUCCUCCUCUUUCUUUACUGACAGUAGUAAAAGGCACAGCUCUGCCUCUUUUGACAAUGUGUGGUUGAAACCUGAAGAACACAUUUCAGAUGGUCACGAAAGCAAGAUGUCCAGAGAUACUUCAACUGGAUUUCAGAAUGGCUUAAACUAUAUAGCCCUAAAUUUACGGGAUAAUUCUCUAAACUGUGAGGAGAGCCCUAGUACACCAAACUGCCACCUCCCAAAUGGUACUCUGAAUCUGGAAAGUGGGGUGUACGUAAGCAUAGACUUCAGCAGAUCAGAUGGUUUGAAGUGCAACUCUGCAAGUAAAGACUGAUGGCAUUACCAUGGAAACCAUUGUGAGAAAAGCAGGCUUUCCAGCUGGUGUCUCCAUAACUGCGUGGUGCUUUUGGAAGCAGAGUCCAUCUUCAGCCAACUCUCUUCUCUUCCACCAGCCCAGACAUGGACAGGCAUCGUUGGAAUGAUUUUCAUUGAGUGAUGGUUGAGUCUACCGUUGUGCUAAUCCGAACGAACUUUUGUCAUCAAUGAGUUUUAUUGGAAGGGAGAUUUCUCCCUCCCACCUCCCUCUCAGCCCUCUCUGUCUUGGGGGGGGGGCGUGCGGAUGCUGAUGCCGAAGGGAUCCCUUCCUGUGCAGCUUCUCUCAUUUCCUUGUCAGUUUCUGUUCCGAGAUGUCUCUUGGUGUCCGAGAAUCUACCUAACAAUGGGGUUUGCUUUUCUAUUACUUGCAAUGUAGAUUAAAUGUUUUAUAAAUGGUUCAAAUUAUUAUUAUUAUUAUCAUUAUUGUGGUUGGCAGUGAAACCCCCCCCUUUUUUUUUCCUUUUUUUUUUUUUGAGAGGAUGGGAACAACAGGCUUCAAUAAUCUGAAGCUAGCUGGUCACUGCUUUGUUUCCCCCGAGACUAGUUUUCAGGACAAGACAUCUGCAGCCAGUGUUUCAGGUGAUAAGAUUUCCUACACACACAUAUAAGCCUCCUGGCCCCCGGUCCUUGCUAAGUAAGCUAUGGGAGAUUUUCCUCUUUUUCCACACAUGUUCUUUCUUGAACACCGUGAGGGGGGCUCCUGUGUACCUUUACCUGUUGUCCCAGGGCAGACGAGGAGGCGUCAGAGCUCUCCCUUGUCCUCCUACCUCCCACCCCACUCCUCAGCAUUUGUCAGGCUCCCUGUACGAAGCGGCCAUUUAUUGUUGGCCCCAUCGCUGUCCACUUUGAAAACAGCUGCUGGUGAGCCAACUUUGAAGCAUCCCUGCCGUUGCCAAAGACCCAGUGGAUUGUGGCGGGAGAGGUAUGGCAUGGCAUUUCCACAUUUUCCCUUCUCCCAAGAGGGAGAGGCUAAGGGUGGUCAUGACAAAUAUGGGAGGAUGUGUUGCUGACUCUGGUAGGAUUUCAUCCCUGGAAACGUGCAUCAGAUUGGGCUGUAGCAAAGUGUGACUUGCUUUCGUGCCCUGCUAACGUUCCCUCCUCGCAGGCAUAUACGUGUGUGCAGAGGUUGUGGUCAGACAACCUCCAGCGAAAUGGGAGAUGAGAGAGAUGGUACUGGAGGGACACCCACCCUCUUUGGUUUGUUUUGCUUAAUUUCACUUUUUGGUACAAGAGGUUUGUGGAUCCUGUAACUUUUUUAAUAUAUAUAUAUAUAUAAAAUCUUGCGCCCUCUUAAAAUUAAGAUUGUUGACGAGGAUAUCUGGAAUGUGAAACUAGAACUGAAUAACAGGUUGUAUCUUGAUUAUAGUCUAAAAAAUGAAAUCCCUUACAUCUCCCUAUAUAGUGACUUCUAUUAAUUACACAUUUUGGAUAAGCAGGGAGUUGAUUUUUGUUUUGUUUUGUUUUGUUUUUUUAACCUAUGUUCAAAUGGGAAAAACUGCAGACUCUUCAAGUGUACAUUACCCUUGCAUUACAAUGUUCAUGUGCUAUCAAGCUUUUAUAGAGAGAGUCCCUUAAUCUUAAACAUAGGUAACAACGUCCCUUUCCUUUGAAGACACCUUUUUUCGAAUCUAGAAAAAGCAUAGCUAAUGCUGUCUAUAUUAUUAUGCCUAAUGUGAGGAGAGGGGGAGAUUUCUUCCUUAGUUUAAAAUUGGAAAUUCGAAACUAGUCAAAAGCCAGGUGUUGCCUCACUUGGUUGGGCUCCUGCCAUUAAAGAGCAGAAUACUAGUUGUUGGUACAUUUACUAUAUACUAAUAAUUAGAAACUGUGAUAACUGAAAGAGUUGAAAGCAGGACACACAGAUCCUCUCAGGCACCACACAGCUGGUAUUCCUCUACAUGGUAUAUUGUACAAGUAUUGAGCAAAAAUGGCUUCAACCUUUUGGCGUCGGACCUUUUCAAAGUACUAGACCAGUUUACGUAAUGAAUCAGAUCCUGCUUUCAGUUUUGAUGUCAUUAUUAUAUAUAGGAAUCUAUUUGGUUUAGACUUAAUAGGCAUGUCACACAAUGAGCUAGGUAACAUUUGGCCAAGCUAGUUGGUAUCGCCGAGUUACACAGAGAUACCAAUCACAAGGAGAGGAAAUAUAUAUGCGCUGCAGGGUUGAAAAGCACAGACGAGUUUCUGAAUCUAGAAAAGCAAGGUUUUCAAGAGUACAGACACCUACUUGCUGCUAAACGGAUUUUAACUUUAAGAAAAUGACCACUUUUCUAGACCACAAUGCUGUCUUGCCAUUUAUGUUUCGUUUGGACUCUGGAAAUUAACAAUGCAAUAGGUACUGCCUUUUUUUAAAAUAAAAAAAAAGGUUUACAUAUUUUUAUUUAAAGAAGAAGAAGACAUUUGGGUGACAGUUCAAAAUUGUGAAAAAGGUUUAAUAAAUAUUACAUUCUUUGCGUAUUAGAUCCUUGAGGCUGCCAUGGUACAAUAUACAGCACUGAUGUUAAAAAUGCUGAAUAAAGGAGAAAAAUGGGUAACCUCACCUCUAAUGGUACAAAUACUAACAGGUACAGCAUAAUAAAUAUGCAAUCUUUUUGUCUUGGUUUACAGCAACUAACUUAUCCAGUAUUGUGCUGGAAGAUCAUUUUCCAACUGUGUACAACAUAUCACUACGUGGGCAACCUUCCAGCCACCCGUUUUAUGCUGCUGUAUAGUACAGAAAAACGAAAACAAACCAAUGAUGGAACAAUGUUUGUCCUGUAAAUUUUAAUUUGAUAUUGGACAGUUAUUGUCUGUACAAACUCUAAAACAUAAGAGGGUUGAAACUGUUCAUUAUAUUUGCUAUUUUCCUGCUUCACUGAUCCGUUGAAAAGUUUGAGCUGAUUGAUCUGGCUGUGUCUUCCACUGUAAAUAUUGUUACAUUGUUUUUCAUGGUAAAAUGCGGCACAUUUGCAAUUUUGGGAGACUGGCUUGAAGCUCUGUAUAGUGUUUAUAUUUAUCUGAAUUGGCUUUCCAUAGAGCUACUUGCAGUAAAUGUGUUCAUGGUCA